AUGCGCGCAAGUUCUUUCUUUGGCGACCGUUUCUCCCUUGCUUUCUGGCGAAUACGGUCAAGUGCCAAAUUUUGCUUACUUAAAUAUCCAAGAGGCAUAUUUACUUUUCUUUUCUUUUUAACUGCUCUCCUCACACUCUCUCUCUCUUUCAAUCUUAUCUCUACCGCCACUUUUUCUUCCUCCUUUCUGUUUUUUCUCUCUUCCACAUCUUUUUUGCAUUCUUUCCUCUCUCCAUCCUUCCCUUCUGCUUUCGCUUUUUUCUCCUCUCUCUCUCUCUCUCUCUCCUUCGGUUCUUCUUUCUUCUCUCUCUCUCCUUCGGUUCUUCUUUCUUCUCUCUCUCUCCUUCGUUUCUUCUUUCUUCUCUCUCUCUCCUUCGUUUCUUCUUUCUUCUCUCUCUCUCCUUCGUUUCUUCUUUCUUCUCUCUCUCUCCUUCGUUUCUUCUUUCUUCUCUCUCUCUCUCCUUCGUUUCUUCUUUCUUCUCUCUCUCUCUCCUUCAUUUCUCUUUCUUUCUCUCUCUCUCUCUCCCCUUCGUUUCUCUUUCUUUCUCUCUCUCUCUCUCCUUCAUUUCUCUUUCUUUCUCUCUCUCUCUCUCCUUCGUUUCUUCUUUCUUCUCUCUCUCUCUCCUUCGUUUCUUCUUUCUUCUCUCUCUCUCUCUCUCCUUCGUUUCUUUUUUCUUCUCUCUCUCUCUCUCCUUCGUUUCUUCUUUCUUCUCUCUCUCUCUCUCUCCUCGUUUCUUCUUUCUUCUCUCUCUUCUUUCGUUUCUUCUCUCUCUCUCUCUCCUUCCAUUCUUCUUUCCUCUCUCUCUCUCCUUCCAUUCUUCUUUCCUCUCUCUCUCCCCUUCCAUUCUUCUUUCGCUUUCUUUCAUUACUCUCUCUCUCUCUCUCGCCCCUCCUUCCCUUCUUCGUUCGCUUUCUUUUUCUCCUUCCUUUCCUCUUUCGCUUUCUUUCUUUCCUCUCUCUCUCUCCCCUCCCCUUCUUCUCUUUUUUAGCAUUCUUUCUCUCCUCUUCUUCGUUCGCCCUCUCUCUCUCUCCCCACCUCUUCUUCGUUCUCCUUGUCUCUUCUCACUUCUUGUCGUUCCCCCUUUUCCCGCACCGUACGUAA